AUGACGACUCUCUCGUCUCCGUCGAUCUUCUGCUCGCCGCCGAUUUCUUCCCCUUCCGGGAGCCUCAGCGCAAUCUCGCUCGCCCCUGUCUCGACUUCGCUCGCGGGCGUGGACGCCUCCAAGGAAAACGCAGGUCUCUCCGGCUCCUCUGGCGCGCUUCCGGAGGCCGCGGAAGGCCGCGGCAACUCAACGAGAGAGAGCGCCACAGGGUCACGCAGGGGGAGGAGGACGAUGGCAGGCGGCACGAGCGAAGAAGGAGCAAGCGGAGCAGAGGCAGGCUCUUCUGCGAGGCGCAGCUCCGCAUCUGCGGCCUUCGCCGGUGCGGCGGGCCCCAAAGAGAGAGAAGAGACAGGAGAGAGACAGAGAUGCAGGCGAGGAAACUGCAGAAGAAGCAGAGGCGAGCUCACGGGCGAUAUGUGA